AUGCCCUCGUCUACCUCUCGCGGGCCAUCGAGCCAGCGCAGCCAGAAGGGAGGCGAGACACACAUCGACAAACUCGAUUAUCAUCCGGGAGGCAAGCCGCUGCUCCACGAUGACGGAAACGGCGGCGAAAGCAGCGGGCGGCAGAGCGAAGAGAGGAGCUACGCCGGCAGCUUCUUUGAGGAUGUCGCCGAAGGCAUCGCAGAAGACGACAGACAGAAGAUGAGAAGAGAAGCCACACGAUACAUCAGCUUUGCAUGGGCACUGGUAAAUACGCUUGGAGCAGGCUCCAUCACUGCCUACUCGCUGUACGCUCCUUUGUUCCAGCGACGGCUGCACUACAGCCAGUUGCAGGUCAAUGGCGUCUCAAUAACAGCCGAGCUGGCGAUGUAUCUGCCCGUACCGUUGUGGGGCAUGAUGUGCGAUCGAUUCGGCCCUGGUCUGCCUUCGGUCUUUGCCGGUUGCUUCUUCGGGCUUGGAUAUCUCAUCGCGGCAUUUGCGUACAAAGCCGGACCGCCUCCAGCUUACGGCGGAAACGGAUGGCCGUACUGGGUCAUGGUCAUUGCAUACAUCUUCAUCGGACUCGGGACAUCAUGCAUGUAUCUGUCUGCCGUCACCAGCUGCGCAAAGAACUUCGGCCGCGGCAAGUACAAAGGGCUUGCUCUGGCGCUACCGAUUGCUUGCUUUGGGCUGAGCGGGAUGUGGCAGUCGCAGGUUGGAACACAUCUGCUAUUUGAACGCAAAUCGGACGGUAGCAAGGGUGAUGUAGAUGUGCAUCGCUUCUUCCUUUUCCUCGGUAUCUUCCUGUUGGCUACGGGACUCAUUGGGUACUUCACUCUGCAGAUUGUUGGUGAAGAAGACUUGAUUGAGGAAGCUAUUGAAGAGCUGGAGCAGAGUGGUCUACUCGAGGACAGCGAGUUCUUUCAGCGUGCUGUGCAUGCGAGAGAGGCCGAAAACGGCUAUGGCACGCUUUCUGGACAGGAAAUUGCUGAUAUUCGCCGCGAAGCUGAUGAGCAGAAGGCACACCGCGCGGAGGAGAGGCGGAUGAAGACUUGGCUGUUGAAUGCCGAAACGCGACGCUUUCUUACCGACAAGACCAUGUGGUGGCUGGCCGCCGGCUUCUUUCUCGUGACCGGACCCGGCGAGGCCUUCAUCAACAACCUAGGAACCAUAAUUGAUACUCUUUAUCCUCCAAUCGCUAUACCAGAAGGUGGAAACCCUACGACUGCAGCGACACACGUGUCUAUCGUCGCAAUUACGAGCACGAUCGCGCGUAUCAUCACAGGCACUCUCACAGACCUGGUGGCGCCUUCAUCCGUACCGCACCAACACCGUCGCGGCCCAAACUCCCUCGUGAACAGCAUGGCCUCUCUGCCUCCACUUGACCAAAAAGGCAAAAAGCUAGAAAUCUCCCGUGUUACCUUUCUCAUAAUAUUCUGCAUCAUCAUGUCUGCCGGUCAGGUCUUACUUGCAUCCGGGUUCAUCCAACAGCACGGCGAGCGCUUCUGGCUAGUAUCUGCGUUCAUCGGGGCUGGAUACGGAGCAGCAUUCAGUCUCACACCCAUCAUUGUCAGCGUGAUCUGGGGCGUUGAAAAUUUCGGAACGAAUUGGGGUAUUUGUGCAAUGGUGCCUGCUGUUGGCGCUACGGUUUGGGGACUCGUGUAUUCGGGUGUGUACCAAUGGGCUGCGGAUCUUGAUGCAGUGGAAGGCAGCGAUACUAGUGAGGACAAGCUGUGUCAUGGCACGCUCUGCUAUGCGCCUACUUUCUGGGCCAUGGCAGUGUGCGUCUGGGUUGCUUGUGGUCUUUGGCUGUAUGCCUGGAGGGGCCCAGGCGGGUGGGCACGGAGAGGUGUUGCGGUAUAA